GAGUUUCACUCUUUUUUCCAUUUUUUUUUUAACUAAAAAAAUUUAUUAACAAAAUACUAACAUGAUAAAUAGAUUAUUUUGACCUUUAACCCAUCUGAAUAACAAGAGUACAUUUAUCACAGUUUAUUGGCUCUUGUCGCGCUCUCAAUUGAUUGAUGUUUCCAAAUUGGUGCAAUUGCUACUUGAAGAAAAGAAAUUUGUUACAAGUGUUCUCCGUCAAAUUUAAUGUGUGCUUUUUCGAUGCGCCCAACAAAGACAAUUCCAAAUCGACUUUUGUUGAAAGAAGACGUUGUUUUACAUAAGCAGAAAUUUUUAGUAAAAUUUGAACUUUGUUCUAAUUUGCAUCAAAACAAUGAAUAAUGAAGAUGUUUUAUUAAAACCGGGGCAGUCCAUAAGACCGGUAAUCGAACUAAAUGAAAUCGAAAUGCUUUUAGAAAACAUUUACGGAUUAAAAUGUAUUCAUAUAAAAAAUUUGGAGGGAUACGAUGAUCGAAAUUAUCACGUUAAAGUUGAAUUAAUUGACAAUAGAAAUAUAAAUGAUGUUUAUGAUGAUGGAUAUGUUUUGAAAAUUUUAAAUUCUUUGGAUUCUGAAAAAACAUCAUUUAUUGAAGCUCAAAAUAAUAUUUUAUUAGAGUUAUGUAAAAAAGAAAUUUCUUGCCCAACACCAAUCCCAACAAAAACCAACAGUUAUUAUUCAUUAGAAAAAUUAAAAAGUGGUAUCCACGUCGUUAGAUUAAUGAAAUAUAUUUCUGGUGAAGUUCUACACAAAGCGCCAACCCCAGAUUAUAUUUUCUAUGAAAUAGGAAAAUUUGCAGCACUUCUCGACGAAAAACUAACACAUUUCCACCAAGAAGCUUACAUUCACCAUAAAAGCUUAUGGAUGUUAGAUUCAGUAUCAGAAUUAAAUCAAUUUUUAUUUGCAAUUAAUGACCCAGAUAAAUACCAAACCAUCUCAAGAAUAAUAGAAGAAUUUACCAAAAAAGUAUUAAAACGUAAAAAUGAAUUCGAACGUGGUAUAAUUCACGGCGAUUUCAACGAACAAAACAUUUUGGUGGAAAAGUCUAACGAAAGAUGGGAAGUAAAAGGAAUUUUGGAUUUUGGAGAUAGCCAAUUCUCAUGUUAUCUUUUCGAACUCGCUAUUUUAAUGACUUACAUGUUAAUAUUAGGUAAACGAAUGGAAAUUGGAGGAAUUUGCAUCGCUGGUUAUUACAGUGUUAGAAAGAUUCCGAUGAAAGAAAUUGAAUUUUUAAAGCUUUGUAUUGAAGCUAGAUUGUGUCAGUCUUUGGUAUUAGGAGCUUAUUCAAGCUUACAAGACCCUGACAAUGAUUAUAUUUUAACAACAGCGAAACCAGGAUGGAAUUUGCUCGAAAAAUUAACCUCAAUGACCAAUGAUGAAGUUUUAAAAAUAUGGAUUGAAACUGCUACUAAGUAUUGUGAAAAUGUUGAAUUUAUUGAAUGAUAAUUCUGUAAAUUAAUUUUAUUUACUCUUUUAUGUUGAUUCAAAUACUUCUAAAAUAGUAACUUAUAAAAACUUAAA